AUGGCGGCCGCGGACAGGGCGGGCGGCCCGGGGGGCGCAGAGCGGCGGCGGCGGCGGCACCGGGACCCGCACCCACGGCGGCGGCGCGGGGCACGCCGGGACAGCGAGUCCGCCCGCCCCAGGACUACAACUCCCGACAGACACCGCGGCGGCGGCUACCAACGGCGGGGUGAGGAGGCGAUGGCACCUACCAAUAGCGGGGCGGCGGGGGCGUCCCACGGCCUCCCCCGGGCGGGAACUACAAGUCCCAGCGGCGCAGCGCAGGCCGGGCCGCGCCGCCCCGCCCCGGGCUGCCGUGGGCGGGGCUGGGCGGGCGCCGUGAGUCAGUGCCCGGUAAACAUUGGCGUGAGCCGCCGGCCCCGCCGUGCUGGCGGCGCCCUGAGGGCGGCGGGGGCCGGGGCCGAGGCCAUGGACGAGCUCAAGCACCAGGUGAUGAUCAACCAGUUCGUGCUGGCGGCCGGAUGCGCCGCCGACCAGGCCAAGCAGCUGCUGCAGGCGGCCCACUGGCAGUUCGAGACUGCUCUCAGUGCUUUUUUCCAAGAAACAAACAUCCCCUACAGCCACCACCAUCAGAUGAUGUGCACUCCCGCCAACACGCCGGCCACGCCGCCCAACUUCCCCGACGCCCUCACCAUGUUCUCCCGCCUCAAGGCUUCUGAAAGCUUCAACAGCAGUAGCCCCGUGGCCUCCAUGGCGACCUCCCCGCCGCCACCGGCCCCGCCGCUGCCCCAGCACGGGGCCUUCAGCCCCGCCUGGCCCACGGCCUCGCCACCCGGGCAGCAGCAGAGCAUGUGGACUCCGGCGGCACCGGCGCAGCCCGCGGGCUGGCCGGCCGCCGUCUCCCAGCAGGCCAGCGCAGAACAGAAGGCCAACGUGACCAUGGAGGCAGAGAGAUGAGGCCGCGGCGGAGAGCGGACGCGGCGGGGACGCCUGCCUAUAAAUAUAUAUAUAUUUUUUCUCCCCCCCUCCCCAAAGAGGAGAGGAACUCCGCUGCCAGGGCGCCUGGCGGCCGCCGAGACACAUGAGCAAAUAGCUGCCUUGCAUGGGUUUGGUUUGAAGUAGUUUUUACUUGUUCUCGAGCUGAAUGGAGCUCCCCGGAGACAGCGGGAGGCUGCGUGGGACCGGUGCCGGCCUCUGCCUGGGACCCUGACGCUGCCAGACUCUUGGGGAGGGAGCACCCCCUCCUCUCUUGGGACACCGGAGUUUGCAUGCCAGUGACAUUUACAGAGGAGGUUCCUUCCGCAGGGUCCCCUGGGCCACCCCACCAGGCAGAGCAGGUUGUGCCUGAGUUUUUCCCCCUUCCCUUGGCCCCGAUCAGCUGGGUGACGGGCAGACACCCCAUGAGGCUUGUGUUUCGUAAGGAGUGGAGAAAGCAAGGGCUGUUUCACACCACCACAGCCUCCACCCCACACACACCGUCCUUGCUGGUGAGCAGGGCUGGGGGACACAGGCCCCUGGGGAGGCGUCUGGCCCCUCGCCCAGCCCCGGAUGGGGAGCAGGGGUUGAGCACUGGUGGUCCGGCUGGGCCAGCACACCCUCCCCUCAACCUCCCUGGAUGGGGCUUGCCCCAGGGCUGUUUUGCAUGACACAGUGUAACCCUAGAGACUGGGAUCGUUUUUAACCCCUCUGUUCUUUUCUCCCGGCGGCUGGAAGUCUCUCCGGAUGCGCCGCAGCCGCUUGCAAUACACGCUCUUCUGCUUUCAA